AUGAUUGGAGGAACAAUUUCAUAUCCCAUUGAUCAAAUGACAUAUGAUAAUAAUAUUAUAUGUAGUUGGGAAAUAACAUCAUUAUCAAUAACUCAUCGAACAUUAAUAUUUACAUUUUUACAUUUUGAUACUGAAUAUUUUUACGAUGAAUUAUUAAUUGGUGAAACAGUAUUGGGUGUUUCACGUUAUAAUUCAAAAUUAACACGUUUUAGUGGACCAAAAAUACCUGAACCAUUUUAUAUAUCAUAUGAAAAAUCUGUUUGGCUUGAAUUUUCAACAGAUGAUACAACAGUUGGAACAGGAUUUAUUUUAGAAUAUGCAUUUAUUGAUCGAACUGUUUCUAUGCCAAAACCCGUACUUCUAAUUGAUGCAAAUAUUCAAUAUAAUGCGGAUGAUAAUAAUGAUGAUGAUGAUGAAGUAAAAACACACUCAUUUCCUAUUGGAACAAUAUUCAGUCCAAAUUAUCCAAAAAAUUAUUCAAAUUAUGGUACGUGUCGAUGGCGUUUACAUUAUCCUGGUGCAUUAAUUCGUAUUCGAAUUGAUCAUUUUGAUACUGAACAAUAUUAUGAUAAAUUAACAUUUGUAAUUGGACAAAAUUCGGAGAGUGCAGCAAUGGUAUUAACCGAAUUAUCGGGUGAAUUAGAUGUAUUACCAAAACAUAUUUUUGUUCCAAAUGAUAGUUUAUGGAUGAUAUUUACAACAGAUCGAACUACGAAUGCUACAGGAUUUAUAUUGCAAUAUGAAAUUAUUACUAAAGAGACAAAAUGUUCUUCUAUUGAUAUUAAACAAAUUGAAGGUCAUAUUCAAUCUGUUAAUUAUCCACAAUCAUUACGAUCAAAUUUAGAUUGUACAUGGAAAUUAUAUUUACCUUCUACAUAUAUGAUAAUUGAAAUUCAAUUUCAUGAUUUACAUUUAGCAAGUGAAAAAGAUUAUUUGACUGUACAUUCGGGUGGUCGUCUUACACCCUAUACCGGUGAAAUGAAAGCAACUAAAAUUUUAUUUCAUAGUUCCAAUAUUACAUUAAAUUUAAUUACAAGACAUUCAUCGGAUAAUUAUAGAGGUUUUAACCUUUCAUAUCGUGGAAUUUCAAUAAACGAAGAAGACACCCAUCAUCGACCAAAUACUACGGAACUUGCUGUUGUACAUCAACGAUCAUCAUGUGGUGGAAGAUAUUUAGCAUCAUUUAAUGGUACAGUUUUAUCACCAGGUUAUCCUGUCUACGAUUAUCCAGUAAAUAUUGAUUGUACAUGGAUUAUCGAUGUAUUCGAUGGACAAAAUGUUUUAUUACGUUUUGAUGACUUUGAUCUCGAUUCAGAAGAAGAUAUUAUUCAAAUAGGACUUUUAAAUGAUGUGACAAAAUAUCAACUGUUUGCUAUACAUGAUACACAAACAGAUGGUGUAUUCAUAGCAAAUUAUAGUCAAAUAUGGAUACGUUUUCGUACAAAUAUCUUUUCAUUACCAGGACGUGGUUUUCGUUUAUAUUUUUCUGAGACAACAUUAUGGUCAACUGUCUUACCAUUAGAUGAAAUUAUAACAAUUGAUAGUAAAUCAUUACCACUUCAUCUAAAUAGUUUGACACCACAUUUAUAUCGACAAUCACGUUCUACAAUGACUGGUUAUUAUAAUUUGACGCAAAUUCGAAAAUGGAUUAUUCAAACGAGUUCUGAAGAAUCAAUUGAAAUUUUAUUUAAUUCAAUUUUAACAGUACCAGAUCAUCGAAUGAUUUGUUUUCAUAUAGAAUCCAUUGAUGGUCAUCUAACAUCAGUUUGUAAUAAUCAAUUAUUUCCCAUUGUUAUUUAUCAAACACGAUCAUUUACAUUGUCAAUUAAACCUGAUUUCAUGUAUACACUAGUUAAUUAUGACAUUCAAAUUGAAAAAUUUAAAAAAAAAACUAUUAUUCAAAAUAUUGUUGAAAAUGAAACAAUAUUAACAGUGCCUGAUUAUCCUUAUGUGCAUUAUGAAUGGCAUGUUAAUAUUCAAAAUAGUUCACUUAUCAUAAUUAAUGUUAAAAAUAUUGAAAAUUUAGAUACAAUAUUUCUUGUUAAAGAUGAACACAAUUAUCAAACCUAUUCAUUAACAAACGGUUCUCAUUUUUCACAUAUUUCAUUCUCUCAAUCUGUAAUUCUUGUCUAUCAAUCAUACAUUUUACCAUUAAAUCGUAAACGAACGUUUUAUGCUACAGUUCAUUCAGCUACUCCAAACUUUUGUGGACAAAUUCUAAAGCCAAAUGAUUUUAUGUAUAUUUAUUAUAAUAAUAGUGAUUUUCUAUUGAAAAACUGUCAAUGGCAAAUUCAAGGUAAUACAGAUUCAAGUUACAUUAUUAAUGUUCGUUCAAAUGAGACAAAUCACAUACCACAAUUGUAUACAACAGCUGGAAAUAAGUUAAUACUAAAUCAGAAUACUGUUAUUCCCUAUUCAGAUUUUACUAUUAAAUAUAUUUCAAAUUCUACUAUUUAUGAACAAUUUGUAAUUAUAUUAUAUUACUAUGAAAAAACUGAAGUAAUUCAUGAAAUGACAAGUAGAAAUCAAUAUACACUUCAGUCAAAUCAAUAUUCAUUUAAUUAUAUUGAAAAUUUUGUAAUUCGAACAAAAAGUUCAAUAUAUCAGUCAAUUGAUUUUGUUUUGUAUUCAAUAAAUAUAGCCAAAGAUGCAUUUGUUUUACUAGAAACUGGUAAGUUUAAGUAG